CAUACAGUACCGUAGGGUACCCAGUGAAUACAGCUUGCAGCCAAACGUCCCGGCAAUCGUCUUUCCCAUGAUCAGAGCGCAUUGCUUUCCUUUUCAGGUGAAUGCGGAACAAAGUACGGUAAUGCGGAAGUGAAGCUGAAGGUCGACCGUUCCAGCAGUUUCUGCAUUGUGGAAGGACAUCAUUAUUUUCCAUUGGUCAGAGAAGUCAAAGGUUCCAGACAGGCGCUGCUCAUUUAGAGUUUUUAGGUUUUGCUUGGAAGCAGCUCAGCGGUGUUACAUUCUACAUCCCUUUUUCUUUCGGGCGAGCUUCAAAGCCAUGGCGUCGGCCUGUAGUCUUUCUGUCAUAGAUAUCAGGUCGGCGGGCAUCUCUUCCUGGCAAACAUCCUCAACUGGAUGUGCGGAGCUCGUGUCCAAAUGCACAUUGGCUCCUGUAAGCUUAUUGACUUCAAAAAGGUCAGCAUCACGAAGAUUUGAAGUCAGGAAUGCUGCCGCUGAGGGCUCUCAAACGCAGACAGCUAGCGCUAGCCCGCCCCCUGCAGCGGCCGCCUCGAAAAAACCCGGAGUCACAAUAGAGUUCCAGAGGCAGAAGGCCAAAGAGUUGGUGCAAUACUUCGAGGAGAGGAAAGUGGAAGAGCAGAUCAGGAAGGAGAGGAUCUUUGGCUGGACCCGGAAGAACGAGAUUGGCAAUGGCAGAUGGGUGAUGUUCGGGAUCGCGGUCGGUUUGUUGACUGAGUACGCAACUGGCAGUGACCUCAUCGACCAAUUGAAGAUCAUUGUGUCCAACCUUGGUAUUCUUGAUCUUGAGUAGUGUAAACAAGUGUCACAUCUCCCAACUGAGCUUUAGGAAAUAGAAUGCGCGUUGCUUAGGGCUGCACGAAGGUGACCUAAUCUGUGGCCAUCACUUUGUGUGCAUAUUGUGUUUGAUGCAUUGGCAUGCAAACAUAUUCGGAGUCUCCACUUCAAGAUGGCUUCGGACCAAACUCAAAGGGUAGCCCAAUUGACUGGAUAACCCUCGCGUGUCUCAAGGGCGUUGAUUCGACCAGAUUCCAUGAGCGCCUUCUGCCAUUGCACCAGGUCUUGGGCCGCCAGCACUAACUGUCAAACUCGAUUGGAUCACCAAGUAAGGGACUCGCGAACAAGUCCAGCCUCCACAUGUCCUAACUAAGCUCA